AUUGGGUUUGUAACUUAUUUACAACUACCUUACAACAUAACAUUUUACGUAGUCUGUCAGAAGGGUGGACGUAACAAGGGCAUGGGCGAAUGUAUCGAGCUGUUUCUAUUGGAUGUAGUCCAAAUAUGUCAUAAUGAGUCAACAAUAUAUUGUUGAAGGGAGGUGGGGAGAUCAAACUUCCCUCCCCAUCAGCUGGGAGUGCGUGUGGAGCCAGAUCAUGAGAACGUGUGGUGUGGAGCUGGGAGUUGUGCAGUUCACCCUGUAGGUGGAUGCAAGGCAGUGAAAAAGCAUGAAAAGUGGGACUUUGCAUGCAACUCAGAGGAAGGAGUGAGAAGAAGGUGUGCACCCAGCAGCUGUUCCCUGAGGGUUUUCCAUAGGGAACCAUGUGCAGCUCCCUUAGUCCCAAACAUCCAAGCAGCCCCGGCCUGACAGACAUGCAGCAGUACCACCAGUGGCUGGCCAGUCGACACGAAGCCAGCCUGUUGCCCAUGAAGGAAGACCUUGGGCUGUGGCUCACUAGUAUGCUCGGCCUGGAAAUCACCGCAGAGAGCUUCAUGGAACGCUUAGACAACGGCGUCCUCCUGUGCCAGCUGGCUGAGACUCUACAGGAGAAGUUCAGGGAAAGCAGUGGAUACCUGCCUCUCAAUGACAGAAAGGUUCUUCCUAACAGAAGGAUUCCAUGCCGGCGCAGUGCGCCCUCUGGCUCUUUCUUCGCACGGGACAACACAGCCAACUUCCUGUCCUGGUGUCGCGAGGUUGGAGUUGGGGAAACGUGUUUGUUUGAGUCGGAGGGUUUAGUUCUUCACAAGCAACCACGAGAAGUUUGUCUCUGCCUGUUACAGUUGGGACGGAUAGCAUCCAGGUACAACGUGGAGCCUCCUGGCCUUAUAAAACUGGAAAAGGAGAUUGAACAGGAAGAAAAAGCACCUCUACCUCCUCCGUCGCCCGCAUCCCUCGUUCAACCCCUUCCUCCAUCUCCCUCGUGGUCUCCUUCCCCGUCCCCAACACCUGCUAAAGUCACGUCGAGCAAGAAGAGCACAGGGAACCUGCUUGAUGAUGCUGUAAGAAACAUCGCUGACGACCCACCCUGCAGGUGUCCAAGUCAAUUCCACGUUGAGAGACACUCACAGGGUCGAUAUCGUGUUGGAGAGAAAAUGCUUUUUAUACGCAUGCUGCACAACAAGCACGUGAUGGUUCGCGUAGGAGGAGGCUGGGAGACGUUCGAGAGCUACCUACUCAAGCACGACCCUUGCCGUAUGCUUCAAAUCUCCCGCGUGGAGGGGAAGACGUCCCCCGUCGGCAGCAAAGGCCUCAACAUCAAGGACCUGACGCCUGACAGUUACCUGGUGGUGGCGGCCAACUAUCGUUGCAAAAAGCCCACGCAGGAGACGUCGCCAUGACGGAUUUGAAGGUCAUCACUACAAUAUGACUCAACUUGUGACACAUGGAAAUUACAUUUUACUUUAUUGUAAUUCAUAAAAUUGUAACUUUUUUUUUUUUUUUUACAUUUUGUACAUUAUUUUCUAGUAGGACCUUUAGAAUUUUAAUUACUACAGUAUGCUUAUCUUUAUUAUUAUUAGUAAAACUUAAUUUUACACUUUUACAGGAAAGCACUUAUUUGAUGUUUAAUGCUUGUGGACACCAAAAUAUGUUUGCCAUUGAUGCAAGUCAAAAAGUUCCAAAGCCUAGUCCAGAAUGUUUAUAGUAGUGCGUCCUGACAAGACUUUAUCAUUUUGAUUUCAUUUCUACAGGUUGGAAACUUUUUGGAUUAAUUGUAGUCGUUUUGAUCUUACCAGUUAUUACUUAUUUUACAUACUGUUCCCAUGUUAAGGAUGUAAAUGUAUCAUGGGAGUCAGGGUUUCUUUAUGGGGUUAUUCAUUUGUUCUACUUCGCUGUCCCCUGCAGGCGAAAUAAGUAAUAACAUUGUCAUGCUUUGCCAAAGUAUUUGCCUCACGGGUUUGAGGACAACAAAUGCAUACUUUUAGGAGGUUCGAUUUGUGUUAAAUACAAAUAAAAUAUUGGAAACCUU